AUGGCUUGUGUCAACCCUGACUGCUCCUAUAUGCACGAUGCCACCGGCUUGUUGUUACCCCCAGUCCUGCAGCCAAAUCCCGACAUCUCUGGGAUCGGGCCCUCGGCGCGAUUUGGGGGACUUCUGGUUGAGGCUAUCCUAGCAAUGAGCGAUGCACAAAUUGUCACAGGACUCUCCAUACUCAUUGGUGGCUUCUCGCAAAUCAAUUGCGGCCUUUCUAUUUUCCAUUGGCACAUGGUGGUCCGCCUUGCGUGGUUCUCAUCCGUGACGCAUCUUACAACACUGACAUUCCUCCGGCGAUAUAUCCAAGAUAAUAGUGCGAUUAGGAUACUGAGGCUGGUUCUCAUGUUGGUACUUAUGCUCAUGCUAGCUGUUGCCCUUAUCCCGACUGGUGGAGAGUGUGGAUUGGAGAAUUAUGAACGUGGGUAUCCAUCUACGUACGGCAACACUAGCACCAACGAGUUGAGCUCCCUUACGAGAGUGUUCAAACUCUUCCGCGGGAGCUCUGGGUUUUCGAAGACAUGGCUGAGGCAUAAACCUGCGAAAAUGUGCAAACGUAUCGCAAGUAAGUUGGAAGAGCGGUAUUACGAUUCCUACUUAAACUCAGCGCGCGGCAUGUACAUUGCUUGCUAUUGCGCUAUCAUGGCGUUUAUAACUUUUGCACGAGCUAUUUAUGAUUGUGUUGACUCCUUACUUUUUGAGAUUGUCUGGCUACUCUUUUCAUUGGCUUGGGGAACCCUACGAAUAUUCCUAGACAGAAUGAUAGCAGGUGUAGAUUUUGCAAUUACACAGGAUAGUAAGGAAGACGUUGUGCUGCAAGAGAACUCAUGGGAGUUUGGGCAACUUGUCCCCACAUUGUUGCUAAUCAUUCCCUUAUUUAGUCUUCUUGAAGGCGCCAUAGGGAUAUUGAAAUCCAAGUCUACUAAUUCUAUACAAGAUGAUACGGCAUCUGCUCUUGAUGAAGCUUGGUUGUCUAAGAGACUAUUGGAGGAGGAACAACUUGGCGGCCUUCCACUUUGCACAGGCCUAUAUGCUGAGCUGGACAUAGUCAAUGCCGUUGAAAUGGUAAAAUUGCUAGGAACUGGGGCCGACCCUGCCGACAUGGAGAACGACCUUGGCUCUAAUGUUCAGAGCUCGCCCAGCACAGCCACUAGACACCAGUCCGGCGUGUAUAGCCGCAUUCUCAAGGGCCAGAGGGCAUCCUACGAAAUCCUCGCCUUUCUGAAAGGGCAAACUGUAGCCAAAGCCAAAACCCUCCCCUUAGGACCCGGUUUGAGGCCUGAGCCAGGCCUGGUAGUUAUCAAGGACCUUAUUUUUGAGCGCGAAUUGGAUACCCAUCGAAUUCCUGCUAUCGAAGAGAGCCCCUACAUUCGGCAGUUGGUAGAUGUUAUCCAUCCCGAAGAUGGGGCGCGGCGCCCGGGGAACCGAAGAAGCUGGUUUUCGAAUGGAUGGAUACUGAUCUAUGGAAAUGCCGGCCACACGGAAAUCUUUCGCACCCAAAUCUUCCUCAACCCAAACAAUGUUCUUCUAUCCAACCUCGAUCAGCCAUUUCCUACCGUCAGAGUAAGCGACUUAGACCAGGCAUUCAUGGAAGGCGUUAAGGGCGGAGAACGCGAAUGUCCCCAAACGCUCGAAACUCGCGCCCCAGAGGUAUGGAAAGGCCUUGAUGCCUGGCCUAUCUCCGACGUGUGGUCCGUUGGAGUAACGCUCGUGCACUGGCUCAUGUCCAAAACUCCCUUUGGGCCCGGCGGGAAAAUAAUCAAGGACCACACUGACGCGUGGUGCAUGGCCAAGCUGAUGAGGCUCAGAGGGCGCUUCGACAUGACGGAGGAGAUGGAGCGGUAUGGCGAAUGGCAGCUAGCGGUUGGAUUGGAAGCCAUGGACUUCAAGGACCCUAAAACGGGUGAUAUGAGGCCUUAUAUUGUGGGAGGAACGCUCGAGGAAGAGUUCGAGAAACUGCCGCGCGAGCUCUGUUCACGAGAGGGCAUAGAGUUUAUUUUAUACCUCUUGGAGCUGGACUGCAAGAAGAGACCGACAGCGCUGGAGGCAUUGGAGCAUCCUUUUAUCAAGUCUAUUGUUACUCGACAACAACAACAAGACCUCAACUAG